GAUAGUGUGUUGCUGUUGCUUUUGCUCCCAUGAUUUCAUUGUUUGUUUUCUUCAAGCAAUCUGCAUUCUUUAUUCACAGUGGAUUGGCUGCCCAAAGAAACCUCGAACCAUAAUUUCUGUGAAAAGGAUGGGUAACCUUGAUACUGAGCCAUUUUUGGAAGCAGCUAAGAGGAAGUUUUCUGAUGAGGUGAAUGGGAAAGCAAGGCCUAGGAAAAAAGCUAGGAAUAAAGUUUCUGAGGAAGUGCAAUUGAAAGCAGUCGAGUGGUGCUCAAAGUGGGAUGAAUGUCUUAAAGAUCCAAGUUGGCAUCCCUUCAAAAUUGUAGUUGAUAAAGAAGGGAAAUCCAAGGAAAUUUUAGACGGAGAAGAUGAAAAACUGAAAAGUUUAAAGGAUGAAUUCGGGGAUAAGGUGCAUGAUGCAGUAGUUACAGCUCUAAAGGAGUUAAAUGAGUACAAUCCUAGUGGAAGAUACUCAAUACUUGAACUCUGGAAUUUUAAGGAAGGAAGGAAGGCUACGGUGAAGGAGGGUGUUUCACAUUUAAUUAGGCAAUGGAAAUCAGCUAAGCGAAGGAAAACUUACCGAAACUACUUUUAAGGCGGUUAGAAUUUAGAAUUGGACUUAUGUGUAAUUUUACGAGGAUUAGUUUUGCUAUCUAAAAACGUUUA